UUUCAACUUUUCGGAACACGCACCAUGCAGCUCACGGUCAUAGUACUGAGUGUUUUCAGCCUGCAUGUUGUCUUAACGUGCUGUCAGGGGAAAACGAUCAUCACCGAUGACAAAGACAAUGAAGACGCAAUGGUGAAGUUACUGCAGCUGCUGACCAGCGUUCAAUUCGCGCAGACACCUGACGUCGGCAGCCAUGGCAACCAAAGGACCGGCUCUGCUGAUGUCGUAGACUUAAAGACGCCAGACGUCGGUAUCCAUUUCGGCCAAGAUGCCGUCUCUGUGGACGUUACAGACGAACAGACCUCAGACGUCGGUAUCCAUGGCGACCAAGAGGUCGUCCCUGUGGACUUCACAGACGCCGUUCUGAAGGAGAUCAUGGCGGAGAUAACGGAGGACGUGGACAUUGAUCUUAGCAAAGGUUGCACCCAUGGCAAGUGUGAGUUCUGCAAACGGGCCAAGUGGUUCAAAGUCUGCGUGGAAGCGUCCAUUGUUGGACUGGGCUUUGAAGUGACCGUCUCACUAAAUGGCAAGACGAUUUACCAUAAAGAGAUCAGCGUGCGCAACCCACCGCCUAUCUGCUUUAACCGCAUCCCUGGCCUGAGUAAGCUUGCUGACGUGUGCCUGGUGGUGUACGAUGUUGACCUGGUCAACAAAAAGGCGUGCGUCAAGAUCACCUUCAAGGUCAAGAUUGGUCCCAUCAAGAAGAAGUUCAGUAUUAAGAUAGCAUGCUUUAAGAUUCCGCUUGCAAGCCUUCAAGAGACGGAUCAGGCUUCUGAUAACGCGAGUGGAGCGCUCACUCUCAACGGAUCUUCUGAUAACGCGAGUGGAGCGCUCACUCUCAACGGAUCUUCUGAUAACGCGAGUGGAGCGCUCACUCUCAACGGAUCUUCUGAUAACGCGAGUGGAGCGCUCACUCUCAACGGAUCUUCUGAUAACGCGAGUGGAGCGCUCACUCUCAACGGAUCUUCUGAUAACGCGGGUAGAGGCUCACUCUCAACGGAUCUUCUGAUAACGCGGGUAGAGCGCUCACUCUCAACGGAUCUUCUGAUAACGCGAGUGGAGCGCUCACUUUCAAUGGAUCUUCUGAUAACGCGAGUGGAGCGCUCACUCUCAACGGAUCUUCUGAUAACGCGAGUGGAGCGCUCACUCUCAACGGAUCUUCUGAUAACGCGAGUGGAGCGCUCACUCUCAACGGAAUCCAUACGUCUAGAUCUCAGUAUCAACAUUGACACACACUCACAGUAUUCUUUACUUGGACUUCUUCUUUACUUCUACUUCUUUACUUUCAAAUGGGCAAUAUAA